AUCGAUAGCAAACUGGAGCUCCCGCCAUAUUGUGGUGCGAGUGAAUAUCUGUGCAUUACUUCAGAGUGUGCGGUAGUGAGCGGUUGUCAGCGGUGUCGGUAUUCCGCUGUGUCGAGUGUAUUCUUUCCCUGUGUUGGCUGAGAACGGUGUACACAAGCCCCUGAGAGUGUGAAUUGGAUGUGUAAUUCGAAGAAAAAGUUGGUCGUCUGCUAACUGCAAACUACGCGGAAAAAUAAGGACGCGGGUCAACUGCUGAAGGUAGUGCCGGGACACACACCGUCACCAUUAUGCUGGAACCGAGCAGUUCAGAGGAGGAAUCUGACGAUGGGGUGCAGGAGAAACCCGUCGGACGUGGCCACUCUUCCCGUUCCGAUGGUGCUAGCAGUCACGAUACACACGUUCCCGAUGGCGCGACAAGCACUGCUCCUUCCCUGCAGGUUCCUGGAGUACCCACCUCCCUCCCCAGUAAACACGGACAAAGGCGAGCCAGCAUAAGGGCGGGACAAGGGUAUGACACUAGAAGUAAUUCACCAUCAAGUACUCUCAGUGUGGACACGCUGAGUGUUGGCGGGGGAUCGAGGGCCAACUCACUCCCAAGGCCGACCUCUCCCUCGCCCUCCGUGAUGAGCGACAAGACAAUGACGCAGGAAGACCCUGCGGAGAAACAAGAACGGGAGGAGGAGGAGCGUAAAAAGAGGCUACAGUUGUACGUGUUCAUCCUGCGGUGCAUCUCUUACCCUUUCAACGCCAAGCAGCCCACCGACAUGACCAAGAGACAGAUUAAAGUCAGCAAACACCAGCUAGACACCAUUCAGGGCCGCUUCCAGAGUUUUCUGAAGGGAGAGCUACAAAUUGCGGCAGACGAGGCCUUCACUAACGCAGUACAGAGCUACCAUGAAGUUUUCCUAAAAAAUGAACGGCUGGCAUCCAUGGUGUUGUCGGGCGCCUGCUCCCAACAUGACUUACGGGAGGUGUUCAAGCAUAACGUAGAGAAGAGAGUCAGAUCCUUACCGGAAAUAGAUGGGCUGAGCAAAGAGACCGUUCUCACAUCCUGGAUGGCCAAGUUUGAUAUGAUCAUCAAAGGUGAAGAGGACAGUAAACGACCUGGCAGGAUGCAGCAGACCCUCAACAGUGAACUCAUCAUGCCUAAAGAACAGCUCUUUGAUAUGUUCCAGCAGAUCCUUGGCAUCAAGAAAUUUGAGCAUCAGCUUCUGUUUAAUGCAUUACAGCUGGACAGUCAGGAUGAACAAGCAGCUGCCAUCCGUAGAGAACUGGAUGGUCGUAUGCAGAAGGUUGCAGAAUUAGAACGGGAGUUAGAAGGUCUUAAGAGAGAUCCGGAAAACCGUAAGCUGAUGCCCAAGUUUGUGGUGAAGGAGAUGGAGUCCCUUUACUUAGAGGAACUCAAGACGUCUAUUAACCUGUUGAUGGCCAAUCUAGAAAGUCUCCCUGUGUCGAAAGGUUCACAGGAGGGCAAAUAUGGUUUACAAAAGCUUAAAAAGUACAAUCACAGGUCAGAUGGGAGCAUGGAAAAUCUAUCUCUUAGUAGACGUAAAAGAUACAAAGUUUUCGAGUACCUGUCCCCAAAACUAAGCAGGUCUCAGAGCUCGUUAAGUGGUCGAGAUAGUGACAGUAUGGACAACGAGGUCACGCUAUCCAAGAUGGAUGUUGUCCUGUCAUUUGUAUUAGAGGUAUUGGUCAUGGAGGUUCGAGAAAUCAAGCACUUACCGGCCAACAGAAUUGUGUAUUGUACCAUGGAGGUGGAGGGAGGUGAGAAGUUGCAGACAGACCAAGCAGAGGCAUCAAAACCAAUGUGGGACACACAAGGUGACUUCACCACAACACACCCGUUGCCUGCUGUUAAAAUUAAGCUCUACACAGAAUCAGCCUCUGUGCUCUCUCUUGAUGACAAGGAGUUGGGCAAGGUUGUUUUACAUCCCACAGCGCUUUCACCUAAGAUACCUGAAUGGUACAAGAUGCAAGUACCAAAAAAUUCUUCAGAAAAUAACCUUAGAAUUAAGAUUACAGUUAGAAUGGAUAAACCACAGAAUCUUAAACACUGUGGUUAUCUGUAUGCUCUAGGAAAAAGCUGUUGGAAGAAGUGGAAAAAACGGUAUUUCUGUCUAGUCCAAGUAUCACAAUACACAUUUGCUAUGUGUAGCUACAGAGAGAAAAAAAGCGAACCAACGGAGAUGAUGCAGCUAGAUGGUUACACCGUUGACUAUAUUGAACCUGUGUCAGCUCAGCUUAUGGUUGGAAUGGAUCUGGAAGGUGGAAGAUUUUUCUUUAAUGCCGUAAGAGAGGGUGAGUCCAUAUUGUAUGCCACUGAAGAUGAGAAUGAGUCUCAUCAAUGGGUGACUGCACUUUAUCGGGCUACAGGUCAAGCUCACAAACCAACUCCACCAGUAAUGCCUCAAGGAAAAAAUUCCACGUUAUCCAAAAUACAGGGAGACGCAGACAAAGCGAAGAAACAUGGUAUGGAUGAAUAUAUUAGUGCCGAUCCCGUUAGAUUUGAUCACCACAACCUUUAUAGAGUACUACAAGCUCAAACACUUGAAUACCGUCUUGUUGAUCCCUACUGUUCUCUGGGAUGGUUCAGUCCUGGUCAAAUUUUUGUAUUAGAUGAGUACCAGGCUCGGUAUGGUGUACGCGGCUGUUAUAGACAUCUUUGUUAUUUGGAAGACCUCCUAGACCGAGCAGAGAAGGGCCAGAUGAUUGACCCAACUCUCAUCCACUACUCCUUUGCCUUCUGUGCCUCCCACGUUCAUGGAAACAGUCAUCAAACUGUAAGCCCCGCCGAAGAUGGGACGGUGACAGUAGGCCAAGAACAAACUCAAGGCCAAAUAGCCCCUAACGUACCAUUUCCAACAAGACCCGAUGGCGUGGGUACCGUCCUGGCAGAAGAGAAGGAGCGCUUCCAGGUUAUUAAGGAGAGGUUAAGAGUCUUACUAGAACACCAGAUUACAAAUUUCAUGUAUUGCUUCCCAUUUGGUCGACCAGAAGGUGCCCUUAAAGCCACAUUAUCCUUACUUGAGCGGGUGCUGAUGAAGGAUAUAGUGACGCCCGUGCCGCCCGAAGAGGUGAGAGGCAUGAUCAAAAAGUGCCUAGAAAAUGCUGCUCUCCUCAACUAUACUCGUCUUUCUGCCGAAACCAAAAUUGAGGGUGGAGAAACUACCCUUCAAGAGGACCUUAGUGGUGAGAAUGCAGUGUCUGCUGGCAGGAAGUUGGAUGACCUCAUUCACCUGGCUGAGUUGUGUGUUGACCUCUUGCAGCAGAAUGAGGAACACCAUGCAGAGGCUUUCAGAUCGGAUAAAGCAUUUGCAUGGUUCAGCGACCUGUUGGUGGAACAUGCAGAGAUCUUCUGGUCCCUGUUUGCUGUAGAUAUGGAUCAAGUUUUGGCUGAACAACCACCCGAUACCUGGGACUCCUUCCCGCUCUUCCAGAUACUCAAUGACUACCUAAGAACAGAUGACAACCUAAAAAAUGGACGAUUUCACCAACAUCUCAGAGAGACGUUUGCACCGAUGGUAGUUCGAUACGUGGACCUGAUGGAAUCCUCGAUAGCUCAGUCCAUUCACAAGGGCUUCGAGAAGGAACGGUGGGAGAAUAAGGGAAAUGGCUGUGCAACAUCAGAAGAUCUCUUCUGGAAACUGGAUGCCUUACAGUCUUUUAUUCGGGACCUUCACUGGCCUGACCAUGACUUUGCAAAACAUCUAGAGCAAAGAUUAAAGUUGAUGGCGUGUGACAUGAUUGAGUCAUGUAUUACCCGAACAGACCAAGCAUUCCAACAGUGGCUAAAGAAAGGAACUGGCUUUGUUUCUACAGACUAUGUACUGCCAUCUGAGAUGUGUGCAAUGGUCAAUGUUAUUCUUGAUGCCAAGAAUCAGUCUUUCAAACUUUGUGCAGUAGAUGGAGUUGAUGUGCAUCAGUACCACACCAAGAUUGAUGACCUGAUUGAGAGAACGAGUAGCUCUAUGACCCAAGGAAUGGUGGCUAAGCUAAUAUCAGUACUGGAGUCUGUCAUCUCUAAACUAAGUAGAUAUGAUGAGGGAAGCUUCAUCGGGUCAAUUCUUUCAUUCACGUAUCAGCAGAAUGUGAGUGGAUCAGGAAAGGAGCUAGGAAAAGCAUAUAUCAACUUUGCCAGAAACUCCAUGGACCAAAUCAGGCAAAAGGUUAAUGAUGAACUCUGGAUUCUCAACUUAUUUGAGCAGUGGUAUGCCGCACAGGUGACAAUGUUAUGUACAUGGCUGAGCGAAAGACUAGAUCAUAACCUCCAUCCAUACCAAUGUACUUGUCUCGCCCAUAUUGUUAAGCUCAUAUUCUCAGAUUUCACAGCGUAUGGGCUAGGUCACGAACAGACUGGGGUACAGGCCUACGUAGUGGUGAGUCAGCGAGUGGAGGCAGAACAUCAGCGACUCGUACGAGGCGGCAAACUCAAGAAAAUUUAUACGGACUUCGAGCUACAAGGAAUAAUGGAGGAAAAGCUAAACACCAAAACUUAUCAAACAAUCAGUCAGCGAAUGACCACUGAGGAAGCUGCCUGUGCACUCCUUGAAGGAAGUAGACAAGCUGAUGAUGAUAAUCAAUCUCUUCCUGAGGGGGCCGAAGGAGAGGACUACCCAGAGACAGGCAUUGAAGAUGAUAUGGCAGAGAAGAAGCCAAAGGUUACAGCUCAACUUAGCCAGACCUUGGGUGAUGAUCCUGCCAACUAUGUGACCAAGGUUUCAAAUGUUGCUGGAAAUGUUGCAGGGAAGGUGGGCAAUGUGUUUGGUGGUCUUAGUAAAGGUAUUGGAGGGAUUACUGGAAAAUUUGGAGGUGGAGGAUUUUUUUAAACAUGUUGAUGACUUCUUCUACAAUGGAUUGUUUGAACUCAGUAAGAAAACUCUGUAUGUUAAAGUGAUUCACUGCAUACUAAUUUAAAUUGAAAGAUUUUCUCGACUGAUUCCUUCUUUCUUCAAAAGGCUUUACCUGGGGGUUAUUUAGAAAAUCUUGCAUAGAAACAAUACAAAAAUGAAAUACAGAUAUGGCAUUUCAUAAGCAUAAGGAAACUCUCUAUCUUGUAUAGUGAUUGUUAUAGAGGAAACUCUCUGAAUAGUGGUUUUGGAAAGGAAGUUGUGUGGGUGGAUACAAUAAUUCAUAGAGAAGAAAUACUGUAUAAAGUUUGAUGCAUAAUACAUCCAAAAUAACAUAUCUGAAACAGAUCAAAAUACAAACCAAUUAUAACACAAGUGCUUGUAAGCCAAUAUGUUGCCACUUCAGCUUAUGAUAUUUUUGUUCACUUAAGUAAAAAAAAUUAAUAUUUAUACACUGUAAUGGGUACUUUAUAAAGAAAUUUUUAACUGGGUGUACAAUAUUAACAAUUAAUUAAUAUGAAGGAACUAUAUGGCAUACUCAUCCAUAAACUGUGAGCUGUACUUAGAUAAUACACUUUCAUCUGAUGAACCUACAGUUCAUGACACAUUGAUAAAACAGUGUAACAAUGCCAUGGUACCGUUGGGCUUUCAGUACUGUAUGCUAGAUCGAAGUUUAAAGAUGUCCUACCGAAAGUUACAGCUAUUGUGCUAUUACAAGGAGAAUUUUAUUCAUUUUAAUGGUCCUAAAAGGCAAAUUUUUGUGUAGGCUUCAAGGUGCUAGGUCAUUUUUUCAUAUUGAUAAUUAAUCCUAUUGAGCUAGUUCAAAUAAAUAUUGUCAAUGCUUAGUAAUUCAAGGUUAAGAAUUAAAGACAUUGACAGCUGACAAAGAUAUGACAAUAAAGAUUGUAAAGUAUGAUUGUUAUGUAAAUUGGUACUUUUUAUGGUGCACAUGGCAUUGUUCUUUUGUUUGCACUCAGAUAACCACUCAAUUUUAAGCUUUAAAAAUUUAUAGUAGGUACAGUACUUAAAAUAUACAUUGAAUGUAUUAAAUAUUUCAUAUUAUUCUUUUUACACCAAUAAAUGAUUUUAUUUUUGGCCAAUUAGUAAUGGAAGAAAUAAAUAUAAAAAAAUUCACAACAAACAGUUCAGUAAGAGCCAGCUAAUGUGGCUUCUCAUUUCUGUUUUCUUCCUCCAGCAAUCACACAAUCUCUCCUAGAAAUAGUCCAUGAAUUUCUAAUUGGAAAAAAAAGUAAGUAGAAAUAUUGUAUUUACACUGAAUUUCUUUCAUAUGGAACUGGUGUGAGAAUGUAUUUACAGUAAUUGAGAUAUGUAGUCAUUGUUUAUAUACCACCCUCUUAAGUUUAAAAGCUUUAUUAACAGAUGCUAAAUUUUCAAAACUGUUUUAUAGUAAUGUAAAAUAGAUCUAUAGUACUGUUAUUACAAAAGAAAAUGUCUAAAACUUGAUUGAUUCUAAAACGAAAUAUGUGAGAAAUGUGAGUGGGUAUGGAGAGGAAUAUGGAAGUCAUUGACAUUUUUUAGUUGGUUGUUAUAAAUCAGAUAUUUUUUUUUUGUAACGUAGAUUUAAAAAUAUACAUUGAGAUUGAAAAUAUAUAUAAAGUUUAUUUUCCAUGCUGUGAAAGUUCAGAGUUAGUGACAAUGAUAAGUACAGCUCCAGGUAAUAUUAUUAUGAAUCAAGAUGGAAAAACAUUGUUAAAUACACACGGUUAAGGCAACUGUAGCAGUGUUCAUAAAGAGCUGCAAGUUAUAUUUUUUUUAGUGUAACUUUACAGUAUCAUGUCACAAUUAACACAGUUCAUUGAGGUCCACUAGUUUUAGUUCAGUUACAAGUAUUAGGGUUGUGUGGUAUGUUAUUUUUUAUUAUUAAAUGCUAUAACCAAUGCUUGGCUCUAUCAAAUUACUUCAUAUUCCCAAAAUUUACUGGUUGAAAACUCAAAACAUGUGACUUUGAUCGUUGUAACUGACAUAAGAAUUUAUUAAAACCCUUCUUGUUACAGCCAUCGCCAUUAGAAAUGUAGUAUGAAAGGCAACUCUGUGACUCAUUUGGCUUAGUCACAAAUCAUUAUCAACAUGUAUAAUUUUUUUUUCAAACUGCAUGAUAGGAUCCUCCUUGCUUGUCUGUAUCGCUUUUGACAACUGAAUGCCAUCUGAGUGUUUAAAUUUUAUAUUGUUCCAGUUGAAAAUAAGCUGAUAUAUUUGUCUGUGGGACCAACACAACCCUGCACUAUAUCAUUGGAACAGUUGGAUUCAGGCUUGCCAACUGCCUGGAUGUAGUCUAUUUUAAUUUAAAUAUCCUCAAAAUGGAUAUCUCUAUUUUCUACACAGCAGCACCUGAUGGUAACCCCCGUCAGUUAAAACUUGUUUCACUCCGGCAGAAUGUGUCAAGAAUGGUGAAUAUUUUACGCUUUUAGGUAGGAUAGUUUUUUCCUCCCAUCAUCUAGACUUCUCCUUUCUCUGGUUUGUUUCUAGCUUUUAGUUGAAUACAUGAGCCAAUUUCCUAUGAAUCUCAUAUGAGUUUCCACAAGCAAGUUGUUUUGCUUUCAGACUUAAGUUGGCUCACUACAUUCUGUUUCAAUACCCCAGGAGACUUUUCUUCUUGUAAGGUUCAAUGUGGUCAGUGUGAAGAACUCAGUCUCAUGAUAUAUGAAAGGACAAUUGUGUUGUCUCCCGAGUCUUCUCUCAAGUGUCAAGUAUGAGUUUAGAACAGAUUCUUGUCUCUGCAUAUAACAAGUACUUGUAGUUUAUUGAGCUCACAGGAUUGUUUCCUUGGUUGGGAAACUGGGAAUGGCUUUCAUCAUAUUCUCAGUCUCAAGUUUAGUUAUUUUGACCUGGGAUCUACAGAUUUAUUAAUCAAUGUUUUUUUAACCAUUGAUCAGAGUGUGAAGUAAAUAGAACUACUUUUUUCAUUUAUCUUCAGGGGAACCCAAGCAUUGAUGAUGUCUCAUAUUAGUUACUGCCUGGUUAACAGCUGUGUGAUACAGGGAACUAGGGAAAGAUAGUUCCUUUUAUCAUUAGAGUUACCCCACUUCUGGAUUGUGUAGUUGCACUAACCUUCUUCUUUCCCAUAUCUAGCUGGCUUCAAAAUACAUUACUGUACUUGGCUGAGCUAUGCAUUAGGUUAUAAAUGAAGGAUUGAUCCUGGUAUUCCAUUUUAUAAUUGCAAGAUUGAAUGGCAAAAGUUACCCUCACUUCUCUCAUAGGGAGGGUGGCUGUGAGGUAGGUUGGGACUGAGGAAUUUACCUGAUUAUGGUGAUUUGUAACCAAGCCAAUUUGGAAUCAUGAAGUACCUGGCUAGUGUGAUGUAAUACUUUCCAUCCUUCAAUGGAAGUUGUCACUUUUAUUACCCCCAUCUUUAAGAGCAAUGGUUGUAUUGGAAGAUAUAUAACUAAUUAUUCCAAGGUACCUAAGUUUCCAACCCAUAGACUUUGGUUAUUAAAACUGUACACAAGCCUCUGAGUCCAGGUUCGGUUAUAAGAUUUCAGGAUUAUUCUCUCAAUUUUAUAAUUUCUCAAGGAAAAAGAAGUAUUUAUGAAUGCAAAGUUUAACUUACUAUGUGGACCAUUGAACUGUGUAAUGUCAGGUUAAAUAAUUUUACUUACAAACACUGUUCUGUUAUGACAUAUGAAUGAAAGGUUCUUAAAUAUUAUUAUAUUUAUUAGCUGGGGUGACUUUGUUUUGAGAUUGACUAUGUAUAAAUUGUAAUGAUAUUUGGAUUGCAAGGGCUUAUGCUACAACUUGACAAAAUAACCUCAUCUGCUCCUAAAUUUGAAAUUCUAAUUACAAUGAUGUGUGAAACUUGCCAUGAGUGAAAGUGAAAAGUGUCAUCAGUAUUAACACAGCUGGACACUGGAAUGUCCACCCACCUACUGUUGAUGUCCUCUUCAUCCUUCUAAUGCACUUCUUCAUCCGCUAUAAAUCAUAUGAAACCUAUUACUUAGCAUAAAGCAUUUUUUAUUAUCUAUGUAUAUCUAUUUAUUAUCUAUACUGUAUAUCUAAUUCAUAUCUUAAAGUAACCACUAAACCAUACACAAAUAUCUUUCAAUAUAACUAAGCGUGUGGAAAAUGACAAAUAUUUUGGAAGCUGAAUACCUAAUAGCUAACACAUUGUAUCAUACUUAAAGCAACUGAGGAGGACAUUCAUGUGUAUAGAUCACUGUAUGAUCUUGUGCAAAAUCACGUAAUCCUCUUAAUACUACUGAGACAAAGUUUUGUUAGAGAACAUUUUUACCUCUACUUCACUUUUACAAGAUAAUGUCUUUUUUAUUGUUUUUCUCCAAGAAUAUAAUAAUCCAUCAGGUGCUUUUCAAAAGUCAUAAAAUAACAAAAAUAAGCUGAUAAUAUAUCAGGAAGUAAAUUUAGAUAUACUGUAUACCAAGUAUGAACAAAUUUAAUUUACUUUUAAACAAACACACAGUAACUGGCAGGAGGAAAUGUGUGAUUCUAAGUUGAACACAAUAUACAGUAUAGUUUUCCUCCUGGAGAGCUUCAGCAUCCUGACAUUAAACUCUGUGCUUACUCCAUUUUAAAUUUUGCUUUAAGCAUAUGAUUAUAAGCUUGACUAGCAAGAAAAUGCAUGAAAUUAUCAGAUGUUUUAAUUAUGUGAACCUUCUCCAUCUUGUUAUUUACAGUUUCUAAACAGUGGAGUUAUUACAUGAAACAACUGGAUUUUUAUGCCCCCUCAAAGUGAAAAUUAUAUUUACUGAACACUUCAUAUAUCACUAUAGUACUGUUCCUUAACAAUGUUACUGUUUUUCAAUACAAUUUAACUUUCAUAAUGCUGGCUGCUUGGUGCUUACCUGCUAACACACUAACACAAAUCACCAGUUUCUGCUGCCCAGAAGUUAACCUUGAAACACAUCAUGAUAGAGAGGUGUAUCAAGGUCUAACAUCAUGAUAGAGAGGUGUGCCAAGGAAUGACAUCAUUAUAUGCAACCUGAAUCUUGUGUGUCAGAGAUUGGUAUUUAAGAGAACAAUUUCUCAGACUUUGUCUUUAAUGUGCUGUAUUAAGAAUUCUUCUACUAAAUCAUAAGGAAUAAUUGUUGACUUCUAAACAUAUGCUAACUUGGAUUAAAUGGUACUGCAUACGAUUCUGUAUGUAGUAAGUUACUCAGAGUGAAACUAUGGGAAGUUAAUAUUCUAUUAGGACAUUGUUACAACAUAAACUUCUUGAUGCCACAGCCAUUGCCUUCUCACUCCAUGUCUUACCUUAAUUUGUUGUCCUUAAUCUACAAAACUCAAAGAGAAGGGAGGUAGAUAAAUGUAUUCCUCUGGUAAAUAUACCUUUUUAUUUUCUUACUUAAGGUAUAAAUGAAAAAAACUAAGAAGUUUUACUAUGUGUGAAAUUGGUAGCCAUUACUGGAAACUGCUGGCUUAUAUCUCAUAUGGUUAUAUACAUCAAGUCCUUCCAGUACAAUAAUCAGUUAUCAUGGUUUGUACUACAGUAAUCUGAGUUUUAUAUAAAUUUUAUGUAUAUGCUCAUACUGAUACUGUAUUUUAUAAAGACAUUUUUAUCCUAUGAAACAUUGGUAAGCUAUCCCCCACUUGUUCAACCAUUAUCUUUAAGUGCAAAGCAUCAUGUAUUCCAAAAUCCUUACAGGCAGACCUUGUCAAGUAAAAGGUGGAAAGACAAAUAAUAAAAUAAUUGUUAUUAUGAGCGUCCUCUACAAGAGUUUGGGUUAGCUUCACUGACAGAGGGAUGAGUUCUAUUAUUAUUAGGUGUAGAAACUCAAAAAAAUAUUGGUAAACUAGUUUGGUAAAAAAUUUCUUUAAUAUUUGGAUAAAAAAAAGUUUCUUGGUAUAAAAAUAUAUAAAGUUUAAAUUUUAAUUUAUUGGUUAGAUGUAAAAUUUAUGUGAGUGAUGAACAAAAUAUUUUUGAAGCAUGUAAAGAUCAUAAUUUUCUAAAUAUUCAUGGCAAAAUUAAGUUGUGUGGUGUGUUUUGUAUUGUACACACUUUAACAAUAAAACUAAUACCUGUGUACUGUACUAUGAAGUAAUUCUUCAACUUUCCAUUCAUAAUAUUCUCCUAUACUGUAUCAAAUUUUAAGUUUGAUAGAAAUCAUAACCUAUACUGUGAAAUAACUCCUAAUUAAUAACUAAAGUAAUGAUAAGUACAAUAUUACUUAAUUCCCUGUACUACUGUAUAAGGAAGCUCUUGUCCUUCUGUUGUUAAAAAUGACAAUAUAGGCAACUGAAAAUAUUUUUUAUGACAUUUUACAAUUAUUCCAGAGCUGAUUCAAUAACUUAAAGUUUGUUACUAACUUAAAGUUUUGUCAAUAACCCAUUUUAGGAGUUUGAUCAAUAUGUGUUCAGUUACAUUUCUCUUAUAUUUAUGAAUAUAAGAGUCAAAUUUAAAUGAUACUACUGUAUAUGCAGUUACUUUGACAGAUACUGCAAUGGUUAAGGAUACUACAGUAUGUGCAGUUACUUUGACAGAUGCCGUAAUGGUUAAUAACAUAGGAUGAUCAAACAUGUUACACAUCAACAUAUUUUUUAACACAUUUAUUGUUCUUUAGUAGUUUUUAUAUUGAAUUACAGUAAAUUAAAAAAGAAACUGAAAAUUUGAAGAAAAAAAAUUUAUACAAGGGAAUGCAUAAUUAUUAAGUCUGUUUUGUAAACUAACCUAAGUACUGAAGUUACUUAGUGCCAUAUUAAUUAAAAUUGACAAGAUUAUGCCACAUGACAAAUGCAAAGUGCAUAAUGAAUGAAAAAAGCCUUUACUUCCUCUAUUUUACAUAUGUAUGAUGCCUUAAAAAAAAUUUCUGUCUAGCUCUUGGCAAAGUUCUUCAUUAUUUACUAUACAAAUCCUACAUGUUAUCCUCAGUGAUAAUUCAAGGCUGUUCAUAUUACCAUAAUGAAAGUGAAUCAUCAUUUUCAUAUACAGUAUAAUGUUCAACAUUCAACAUGCGCUGAGAAUCUUUCAUUGUUGUUAAGUAAGUGACAAAGGAAAUAUAUCUGUUCACAGUUGUACUUGUAACUUGAUCAGAGACUUUAAGUUCAACAAGGCUCAUUUUACCACUGUAUCAAAAUGAAAACUGAUCCUUGUUGGGAUACAGCAAAAACCUUAAAGUCUGUGAUUAUAUACAAUUUCCAGGAUCUCUUGCAACAGUCUUCUUUGAACCUGUUAUUGCAAUAAGUACAUAACUAUGAGAUAGCAUUGUUUUAGUAUUUGUGUUAUUGUGAAAUUAUUUUAAAUGUUGACUAUAGAAAUAAUAAACAAAACAAGUCCA